GCCAUCGCUAAGCUAUUACUCCUCCUAAGCUAUAACGCUGUCUUUUCCUUAUCAUGGCCAAUAGUCUUCCAAACAUAGUCCCAAGCAUCUUCAUUUUCUCAACCAUUUUCUUCUUCUUUUACUUCUCAACCCCUUCCACCGCCCAAAACGACACCGUCUUCGCAACAACUUUAUCCCCUGAAAAUUUCGGAAACAGACCACUGAUUCUAACCCACCUUCACUUCUACUUCCACGACAUCAUUGACGGCCCUAAUCAGACAACCGUCAGAGUUGCCGGCGCAAACUUGACGAGCAAAUUUUCGUUGCCUUUUGGUGAUGUGGCGGUGAUAGACGACCCUUUGACACUAGGUCCAGACUUGAACUCCAAAAUUGUAGGAAGAGCACAAGGAAUAUAUGCCUCGGCAUCAAAAUCUGAGCUUAGCUUGUUAAUGGUUCUCAACUAUGUUUUCUUUGAAGGAAAAUAUAAUGGUAGCACGCUUAGCAUCUUGGGACGCAACUCUGUGAAUUCGAGCGUGAGAGAGUUGCCGAUCGUUGGAGGUAGUGGGGUUUUCAGAUUUGCUAGGGGCUAUGCUCUGGCCAAGACUUAUAAAUUCGACACCAAUUCUAGUGAUGCUAUUGUGGAGUACAACGUCUAUGUCUACCAUUAAUUAUUGGUGAGUUUUGUUUAAUUCUCUGUUUUUAUUUAUAGAGUAUACUUCUUGUUUGGCGUAUCUACUAGUACCAUUUGAC